UGUUACAGUAACAGUGAACUAAAGAGGCUCGGCUCUUCAUCGUUGUCCACAACGACCUAAUGUCUCGGGUGCCGCCAUUACCAUCCAACCGAUACCCGUCUAAUGCCUCGUAUGACUCUAGCCAAUCCGGAUCUCCUUCUAUCAGACCUUUGCAGAUAAGCCGACCUUCAAGUCGUCCAACCACACCAGGGAGUAAUAGUAUUCCUUUGCCUGGAUCGUCUCGAGGAUCAUCAUCGAAUCCAAAUGGACCGUCACGACCACAACGGUCCGGACUUAGGAGCAGACACGUUUCUGAGUACUCAAAUUCGGAUUCAGUUUCGUUUGAUGGGUCCUCCAAUCGCGACUCGAGAGAUCGAGCCGACAGUCUAGGCACUACCAUCCGCACUAACUUCUCGGUUCCUCAAGGUACACGUAAUAAUGUCGCGGGUCCCUCAAAGUCUUCGCCCAGUAAUGGUCGUCCCAGACCUUCUCGUGCACCAAUUUCUCCCACCUCUCCUGGCACUGAGCCCGAGAUGUCACCAACAUCUAUCGCUGCUAUUGCCGCUUUCCAAAGGGCUGGUCGUAUGCGGGGGAUGACAUUAGAGGAUGAGGAGUACGAACGAGAGAAGGAGAAGGAGAUAGCCAUUCAGAAGGACAGACAGAAACGAAUCAGAGACAAAGUUCCUGGUAGACGAACUACUGGAAAGCAUAGACCGGGAGAUAUUGACGCUGUGCUCGAUGAGAUCAAGGAUGAAUGGGAAAUAGUGACGGAUCCCGACUUCAACCCAGUCGAUCUGGCUCUGCAACUUCUCGAUGAAUCCUCCCUUGGAAAGGAUAUAGAUUCGUUUCGGAGAACAAAAGAUAUGCUAUCAAAGGCUCUAAAGGGCUCCGUUGACAAACACUACGAGGCAUUCGCUGCUGCACUUCCUCACCAUGCAUCCCUAUUGAGCCAUCUCGGUGUUACCUCGAAAUCCAUAUCAGAAGCAAGAACCGCGUUGCAAGAAUCAAAGGAGGCUCUCAGUAACAAGCGCACAGAUUUAGUGCAACUCUGGUCACGAAACCAAACGGUAGAAGAGAUGUUACGCAUUCUCGACCAGAUUGACCACCUGAGAACAGUACCCGACGUGCUUGAGAGUCUUAUAUCUGAGAAGCGGCUCCUGCAAGCUGCUGCGUUACUUGUAAGGAGUUUGAAACUCAUUAACAAACAAGACAUGCUUGAUAUAGGUGCUCUUGCCGAUCUACGAAGUUAUCUCAGUAGUCAAGAGACUGCCCUCCGAGAAAUUCUCGUCGAUGAACUUCAUAGCCAUCUAUAUCUUCGGUCGUUCUGGUGCGACUCACGCUGGGCGGAAUACACACCAAAUCAGCAAUCACUACCACUUGUUGGUUUUGAACAGGAACCCAACAGUAUUGAAUCUGUCGAUAUGCAAGCAUCAUACGACUCGUCCCCUACGACAGCCACACCCAGGCGCAGCCGCUUAGACAAAUAUUUGGAUGAUCUCAAUCUGCGUCCCAACGACCCACCAUACGAUUUGGACGAAGCUAGUUUCCGCAAUAGCACUACGGGUGCUACUCUUUCUACGUCAUCCUCGACACCCUUUGGGUUACCCAGCCUGUCCUCGUAUAAUUCACUGUCUCCAAUCCUAGCGUCAGAUCAAAACCCCGAAGCUGAUUCAUUUACCUACAUCGAGACACUCUUGGAAUCACUGGCUAUCUUGGGGAAACUGGGCAGCGCGCUGGAUAUCGUAGCUCAAAAGUUGCCUCAAGAGAUAUACUCUCUAGUGGACUCCACAAUCGAGGAAGUUGCUGAGCGGGCCGAGUAUGGUAAAAGAGGCUCUGUGGUAACAUCCAUGUUAUCCGGACCAUUGGCAGGCCGGCUUGAAGAUGUGUUCCUAUUGGCCUCAUUGGGAACACCGGGAGCCCUGGGAUCCGGGGUGAUCAGCGUUGCAGCAGGAUCUUCUGUAUCAAGUGCAAACUCGCUUCGUCUCGCUUCCUUGGAGGCAUCUAGCAAACCGAUCGAUCAGGAAAUCAUGAAAGAUCUCUUCUGGACAUUAUACUCCAAACUCGCUGCUGUUCUGCAAGGACUCCGCGUUGUUUAUGAAGUUGCUAACCGCAUUGGAUCUCGGCGCGACUUUAAAGACUCAUCAGGAGCAAAACCUGGUUCUCUCUUUCCCCUGGCCGAAAUAUGGAUGCCGGUACAGGCUGAGGUGAGGACUUUGUUGAAUGAUUACAUCACGGACGAGGAACAAGGUUCUGUCUCUGGUCGGAAUCCGAUAUCUUCCAUCAACGAGGUCCUGCGCGAAGGACGAUAUAUUCGUGACAAAACGAAAGCGGCCUUCCGCUUCGCUGAUACUGAUCUGAAACUCGCUUCAAAGGUACUUCGGGAACACGAGAAUGAACUGACACAAGCGUUGAAGGACACAGUGCCUGGGUUGGUUCAAGGGUCAACAGACAGCACUGUUCAGGCCACGCUCUCCGCUCUCGGCACAGAUGAUCGAAUGUUAGGGGUGGGGCAACAUCAUCGGCUCCUUGUGCACCCCGAUGCAUUUCACGUCAGUAUACUCUUCCAGCCCACUCUGGCGUUUAUGGAACGUAUUUCGGACGUUCUACCGUCGGGUCACGAAGCCAGUCGUGCCACCACGGUGGUAUUGGACGAAUUCGUUGCUAAAGUAUACCUUCCACAACUCGAGGACAAGGUGUCACUUCUCUUCCAUCAAGCUGUGACUGGGCCCGAUGCCUUCCAACCGGACCCUGCAUCCAUGAGACUUUCGAACCAACCCUUGAUCAAGGCGAGCGUGCAGCUCAUGGCUUUGAUCAACUCACUCUGUGCUAUGCUCAGAAAGAUGCCAUUCCAUCGCGAGAACUAUUCGCGUUUGGUACUUACUGUGAUUGUUCAGUUUUACCAACGAUGUAGCGAUAGAUUCCAGGAUUUGGUGUCGCUUAAAGAUCCUGAGGACCCUGAAGCUGCACCACGAGUAGCUCUUUCAGCUCAGUGGGCGCAGAGGUCCGAACUUGUCCCCAUCCUUUCUGAGCUGCAAAAGCAGAUUAACGACGGGUCAUCUCCGGCGAAACUGCAACAUCUCUCGCAACAAGAGACUAAUUUGGAGGCAAACCUUUUAGGCGAUAGGUUGUUGGGUCGAGAAGAGCUGAUUGCUUCAACUCGGGAUCUUGGUGCAUUGGCUAGCCUACAUCACAGUGUUACUUGGUUCGCUGCCGAACUCAAUGCUCUGAAGUCCGCCCCAGAAACCGCCUUGUCACCCACCACGCCUAUGCGAUUGGAGCCUGUCAGUGCAGUAACGCCAUUCACUCCUUACCGACCCAGUCUUUUCCCGGUGCAGCCAGAUGAACAAUUGAAGUUGCCGUUAUCCGCCGCGAUGGCUAUGCGUUUUCAGGCACUGCAUAAGACGUAUGAACAGCUCUCCGAGGUUAUUCUUCAUACGAUUCGGGUGGAUAUUCGUUGUAGGGUUAUACACCAUCUGGAUCUUGCGGUCCGCCAAGGCAACUACUGCAUAGACGUAGAAGCGUUAGAGCCCGAUCCGUACAUCACUGACCUCAACGCCGAGCUCAGCAAGUGUGACGACUUUGCGUCAACCACGCUACCAGAGGCCGACCGACAAUUCGUCUUCGAGGGAAUUGGACAUCUCAUGGAACAGCUCCUGAUAACCAAUGCAAGAUAUAUUAGAACCGCAAAUGACUUGGGAGUUCGGAAGAUGAUGCGGAAUAUCCUCGCCCUACGGCAGAACAUCAAGACGAUCACAGACGCGAGCCAGUCCAAUGCGUUCGAACGUGUGAAACGUUAUUAUUCGCUAUUUAUCUUAUCACCGCAGGUAAGUGCAUUGUGUAACCACCCGAGCAGAAACCUGAUGAAAUACCGUAGGAUCUGUUGGACGUCAUUCGUCAGAAACAGGAGUUCAGUUUCGAUGAGUAUAAAACUCUGCUCGACCUACAAUGCGGGGUGGAUCCGACUGCUGGAGAAUAUGCUGGAGCGCAGGCAGUCGAUCGUAACUAUAAUAUGUAUCUCAUCGAGCUGCAUGGGCUAGAGCUUGAAAAUUCUGCGGACGACGAAUAACUGGAAAAUAAUCCGCUUCAUAGUUUCCACGGUCAGACCUCCAUUAUUUAUUACCCUUCAGAUUUUUGCUUGUCUAUAUCUUGUAAUGCUGUGUUCUUUUUGCCUUUCGGGCUCUUCUUUUCGCUUUCGGCAAGUUCAUACCAUGCCACAUCCGCUGCACUAGCUGUUGGAUAGUGAGAGACACUAUUUCGCCUAUCGGAUAGCAAGGCGCCAGCUGAACGAGUCACAAAGAAACGACCGGACUUCUUCUCGGCGGCAUUGGAUUGCGUCUUCAUGGAUGGUUUGUGAGUGACGAUGGGCAGGCGUGAUAACAACUGCUGGAAACGACGCCGCAGGAAUCUCCGCGGAAGAGUCGUGUGUGUUGGAAGAGCCAACUCGCCUGACGGCGUAUUCGGUGAUUCUGAUGCCGACUGCCUGCCUCGAAGCGUAGGGGUGGGGUGUUUCCAAGGAUCGCCUGAAAUAGCUUUGACUUCUUCGAGUAAACCUGUUGCCUCCAAGCCUGUACCUCGGAUAUGACUCGUGGUGGCGGAUUCCUCACCGGAUGCUGUUAGGUCAGACAGAGCCGAGAUCUGUAACGGAGGUAGUAUCUUCGCAGUCUCCUCCUUAAAGAAUCGUUUGUGAAUGUUUACUUCACGCCUUUUUGAAAAUGGUCCUAGGAGCUUAGCCUGUUCCGAAUUCGGGUCUGCACGUUCCGGUAACGAAGGCGGCACUUGU